CGUCGCCGUUAGAAGCCUGUCGAUGGGCGCGAGAGAACGGAACUACGCCCCCAUCUAUUCGGAGCAAGUAUAUAUCCAUGCGUCGCGCCUUAAAUAUCGACUUGCGAUCGCCGAGAAAUCGAUCUUUUAGGCUCUCGCCUUGCUUUUUAAAACCCUAAAUUUCCCAUCCAUUUCGAUACUUUUCUUGCGGGGGUUUGAGCAAAUCGGGUCUAAUUUCAAGUGUUUUUUUCCGGAAAGAUUGGGGUUUCGUUGGAUGACUCGAGAUCCUGCUAGUUAUCGAUCUAAAUCUAGGUUUCAGAUGUGUGAAGCAUGAUUUCCCGGCAAAAACCAGAUUUUUCGGAGAAGAAAUGUGGAUCAUCGGCGAGGUGGAUAAGGCAUAGAUAGUCAAAAGUUUUGGUCUUAGAAGCAGCGUAGACCGUAGUUCCCCGACUGGGCUUCAAAAGUUAAGCAUAAGUUAAACACCAGAUUUUGAUUCAGAGGGCUGGAUAAGUUAUCAAAGACAGAAAGCAAUCGGAGGUGGUUUCUUGGGUAUGCUGUAGAACAUCCUUCCUUUCAUAACUGGAAAUUUGAAAGAUAGGGCGAAAAGAAAUGCAGUCCAAUCGAAUUUAUUAUGCUGAUCUUGAUGAUGAUGUGGAUCAAGGCGAGUUUGAUAAAAUUCCUGAUUCAGUAGUUCUUAUAAUCCUCAACAAGCUUGCCGACAUUCGGUCUCUUGGGCGCUGCACUGCUGUCUGCAAGCGUUUCAACUCCCUCGUGCCCUAUGUCCAGGAUGUCUACAUCAAUAUUGACGAAGUUGUAACAAUCAAUGGCGACAGUGACGAUAGCUCAUAUUCUUCUUCCCACAAACCCCGUAAUUUCUUCUCCAACCUCCUCAAAUACAUGUUCUUCAACCUUCUCAAACCCUUAUAUCAUCUACGAAACAGCAACAACACAAACAAAACCCUUCUCCCCCAAGUCUCUCAGUGUACUCUUGAUCAAAUCCUCAGGAAUUUCCAUCACAUUCACAACCUAUGGAUCGAACUUCCAACUGCCGAUGUUGAAACUGAAGAUGGGGUUCUUCUAAAAUGGAAAGCAGAGUUUGGAAGCACACUCCAAAAUUGUGUUAUUUUGGGAGGCACUCAGAUAGAAAGGAAACCAGUAACUGAUCAGGGAUCACUUGAGGACAAUGGGAGUAUACCAGAAUCAUUUUACACGAAUGGGGGUUUGAAACUGCGAGUUGUGUGGACUAUUAGCUCAUUAAUUGCUGCUUCCACAAGGCACUAUUUAUUGGAACCAAUAAUCAAGAAUCAUGCUACUCUGAAAGCUGUGAUUUUUACAGAUGCAGCAGGUCAGGGAACUUUGAGCAUGGGUAUCGAGCAGCUGAAGGAAUUUAGGGAGAAACCCUUGGCGGCAUCAGCCUCUUCGAGACGGACUCAAGUGCCAGCCUCAAACAUGAAAUUGAGGUAUGCUCCAUAUUUGGAUCUUCCAAAGGGAUUGGGCAUGCAAGGGGCAACGCUGGUGGCUAUCAGGCCAGCAGGGGAAGGCAGUGGGAGUAAUAAAAAGGAGGUAGAGGCAUUUGUUCAUGGGGCGUUUGAUGGGCCAUUCAAGGCAGCAGUGAAGGCAUUGGUGAAGCGGAGAACUUACCUUUUGGAGAUGAAUGGCUUCUAGACUUACUACAGUUACGUGGUUAAGAGGCUGCUUUGUUUAUUCAAGUUACCAAUUCAGUUUUUUUAAGUGAAAUUUAGUCAAAAACUUCAGUCAACUCUAUAACCAACUAAAGAUUAGAGGGAAGGCUGUGAAUUCAGUUGCUGCGUUUCCAGGGAGAUGUGGUUCCUGGGUAAUCGUUGUAUUUUUUUUUCGUUUCCCGUCUGUUGCUCUCUAGUUUUUGUACGUGUACAGCGAUAACUAUUUGAGAGGGGUUUACUGUCGCAUGUAUAAAAACAGCUGUAUUGGCGGCUUAGCAAUUGGCAUAUGAAAUUGAAAAUUUGAAAUGGCUUUUUAACAUUUUGAAGGGGCCUGGUCUGAGGGCCCUGACAA